UGAGAGCCAAUGGAAAAGCAGGGUUAGGAGAGAUAGGCUCAGCAGUCGGGGAGAGUCGGGGGAAAUAGGCAGAGAUCUGUCUAAUUGGUCGUAUGGGGCCGGGACAGACGUCUAUGGCCAUGUGUUCCUGGAUGGAGAUGACUGUCAGACAUGCGUUUGUUCUGUAAUACCUCCAGAGACUGAGAUGAAUUGACCUGGCUUGUCAAAACUGUUUCUGAGAUGCCGGACCUGCGUGCCACAGCACACUUUCAAUUCUGACCGACUCUUCUCGCCCUCAACGUGAGCCGAGCUGCAAAACAGUGCGCUGGUUAAGUCCAGUCGGUGGCGGUAAUGCACCUAAGCUGGUUUUCCAACCGCCGAUAAAACACCGAAGAAGAAGACGACGACGAAGAAGAAGCAGGAACGAAAAACAAAUCCUAAUAUACGUUAAGGAAAGUAAAACUGUUUUUCGUUCAUAGUUCGUGUACUUAUGCAUGAGGUGAACCUGGAGAGCGUCGCGGAGCUGUGUGUUUGAAGGUACAAUGGCUUUAGUGUCAGCAGACACCAAAAUCGCCGAGUUGCUGAAUGAGCUGCAUCAGCUCAUAAAACAAACCCAGGAAGAGCGUUCCAGAAGUGAACACAACCUUCUCAACAUCCAGAAAACACAUGAAAGGAUGCAAACAGAAAAUAAGACUUCUCCAUAUUAUCGGUCAAAACUGCGGGGUCUUUACACCACAGCUAAAGCUGACGCGGAGGCUGAAUGUUGUAUACUUCGACGGGCACUUGACAAGAUUGCAGAAAUUAAAUCCCUUUUGGAGGAAAGACGGAUUGCUGCCAGAAUGGCAGGGGUGUACAGCGACACUGACCCACCCAGAAAGACCAUGCGCAGAGGUGUCCUGAUGACCCUGUUACAACAGUCAGCCAUGACACUUCCUCUCUGGAUCGGCAAACCUGGCGAGAGUCCACCACCACUGUGUGGCGCUAUACCAGCCAGCAGUGACUAUGUGGCUAAACAGGGUGACAAGGUGGCGGCGCGUGUGAAGGCCGUGGAUGGUGAUGAACAGUGGAUUCUUGCAGAAGUUGUCAGCUACAAUCACUCCACCAACAAGUAUGAAGUGGAUGACAUUGAUGAAGAGGGUAAAGAGAGACACACAUUGAGUCGGAGAAGAAUAAUUCCUCUCCCACAGUGGAAAGCAAACCCAGAGACCGACCCAGAGGCCCUGUUCAGUAAGGAUCAGCUGGUGCUGGCCCUCUAUCCACAGACCACAUGCUUUUACAGAGCUCUGAUCCACACACCGCCACAUCGGCCCCAGGAUGACUACUCAGUUCUGUUUGAGGACACAUCUUAUGCUGAUGGCUAUUCUCCACCUCUCAACGUCGCUCAGCGAUAUGUAGUGGCCUGCAAGGAGAACAAAAAGAAGUGACAGAAAUAUACAGUGUGAGACAUUGUUUGCAAAAAGACCAUGCAUGAUUGUUGUGAUUGAAAACAAGAUAUUGAGCAUUGAUUCUGUUUUAUGUGCCCCCCCCCACCCCCCCAUUUCUGUUAACAUGUGCAUAGUAUUGGUAUAUUUUAUACUGCAUCUUUUCUAUGAUGUUUUUGUGGAUCUGGAAACAAGGACAACAACUGCAAGUGAAUUGGGCUGAAGUAAUAAACCCUUUACAUGUGAAUGAAUGGUGCACAAAUCUUUUGCCUCUACUUUAUAAAGGCCAAAUAGUACAUGCUUUAAAUGUUAAAAAAUGGGUCUUGUAAAGACUUAACCACCACAGAUAUUCAGGACUACACUUUCACCUAAUAUUCAGAAUUGAUGAUUAUUUUUUAAUGGCAGAAUCUGUUAAGUUUUUUUUUUUUUUUUUUUUACUAUUAUUAAUCAUCUUGAAUAUGUAAUUACAUCCUUGAUAUUGAGAUAAAUAAAAUUUUUGAAGAUGAA